AUGCCGUGGAACGCGAACAACAACCCGGCGGGCGAGAUCCGCGCGCCCGCCAUGGCAGCGGCGCUCCGUCUCAAGCAACAGCAACAAGGUGCCAAGGAUGCGGCCGCGGCUUGGACGCGCUCACUAUGUGUCGAGGAGCUGGACGAGCUGGACAUUGCCCACGAGCAAUUGACAUCAUUGCGUCAUUGCGCUCUGGUGCAUCCAGAAGACUUCCCCGCCGAGGCCACAGGGACCGACGGUGCAGCUCUACUUCAUCCUAGACUACACGCCCAAUUCGUAGUAUCUGUACGGCCGCAUGAGGCUAUUCCUCGUGGCUCUAUUGCCCUGUCACAACCGCAAAUGAUCAACCUGGAGUUGUGCAGAGGCAAGUGA